CUGGUAGUGAGAGAAAGCUGCGAAGACUAACCAUGGAAACGCAGCGCUCGAAUUUCAAAGAGCUUAGUGUUCCUUCUCCGACCACAUCAAAAAGCCCCUCAUCUUCUUCCUCUAAGACUAAGAGGAAGAUGCCAUUGCAGAGUAAGAGGAAGCUUGUUUCUAAGAAGCCUGAAAAGUUCAAAUCUGAGGCUAAACAAGUAAAAUCUAAUAAUCCCAGAAAGCCAAAGAGCGUCAAACGAAAAAGGGCGACUACUGGUGAUGUCUAUGAUGAUGAUGUAGAAGCUAAGUUCUCUGUUUUGGAGCGGGCAGAGAGGGUGAUGUCUAGACUUUCUGAUGAAUUUCCCAUAUUUCUAAAAUGCAUGCUCCCCUCAAAUGUUGCUCAUGGAUUUUGGCUGCAUCUUCCGAAGGCAUUCACAGACAUAUAUUUACCAAGUCAUGACACCAAUAUUACAUUGGUUGAUGAAUGGGGAAAUGAGUACAAGACCUCUUAUCUAAUGGAAAGGCAUGGACUAAGCGCUGGUUGGAGAGCCUUCUCAAUUUCUCAUAGAUUGCUCAAAGGAGAUCUCUUGAUCUUUUGCUUGAUUGAGCCAUGCAAACUUAAGGUAGAUAUAGUAAGGGUAAAUGGCCCCGAUGUUGUAGAUGCAGCUCUUUGCCUCUUGAACUUGGAUGGUUGUGAGAAAAUAGCCGAUCAAGACCAUUCACGGAAAGAUAAACGUAAAAAGACAAUGAAAUUCAUAGAGCCAUAUAUCCACGAUGAUGUUUGUAAGCCUGAGGAACGCCAUGUUGAAGAUGGUGUGGGUCAAGUUGAACAUUAUACUGCAAAAGAUUGGGUUUCAGAAGUAGUUUUUGAUGGUAUUACCACCAACCACCAGCUACAAUGCAAAGAGCUCGGAGACUCCAGAACGCUUUUGUGUGCGUGAUGUGUGUGUAGAUAGACUGCUGGUGAAAAGGGUUGGAGUUUAUUAGAGAUUGAGAGCUCACACACUCAAUCCAUGUUCCAAGAGGAUAUAAGUUUUUGUAUAAUUAUUAUAAACACUUCGGAGGGGUGAGCAUUGAUGGUGUCGAUUCCGUUGAUCCCCUUAUACCUGAAGUCAUUUUGAUUUUGGAACAGUAUUUCAUUUUUGGGGUUCUCUACGAGUAGGGAGGGGAGUAAAGAAUAUUUCACCCUUGACCCUCCCAGCUGAGAUGAAAUAUUAUCUGCCUUGACCUGUAUACAUAUGAAAUGUCAAGAAAAUCUCAGUGAUGUUCAACACUGUAUGCUAUUCUAAGGCUAUUCUAGACAUGCAAUUCCUACUGCACAGUUUUUU